AUGACUCAGUCAAUGCAAGUUAACCCAAAGCUGCCUGAUUUAGCCUCUCCAUUUAUCUAUUCCAGUCAAGAGGAAGUUGACCAGCCGGCAUCUUACUCUGUCCAAACGCCAUAUGGUUUCCAGCUUGACCUGGACUUCCUCAAAUAUGUGGAAGAGAUAGAAAGUGGGCAUAACAUCCGCAGGGCAGCUGUCACAACUCGCCGUUCUGGACGCGGACUCAAAAUCUCUCAGAGAUGUGUGGGUGGUCGCACAAGUGGUUGGACAUCCACAGAGUCUCUUGCCUCUCCUGGUAGCGAGGAUGGCAGAGUUCCUCCCCUGCCACCGCCAAGAAACCGCCUUGGCUCUGCACCCUGCGAAGUGCUUUCUCUAUCCCCUGUGACUAUCUUCAGUGCCCCCCCACAGUCUGCUGGGGGCAAAAUCCCACCCCCUCCACCACAGCGCAACCCUAGAGUUGAGCGAACUCUUCUUGAAACAAGCCGGCGACUACAGCAGGAACAAAGCCAGCACAAUGGUGGGCGAUUCCAGCUUGCAGACCCCCCCAAGCAGCUGUCCAGCUCUGCAUUGAGUCAGCCACUGCAGAGUAGCUGGACUAAACCGAGUCCUCAGACUUCUGGACUCAACACUCCUGCUACCGGCACUACAGUGACACCAGUUCCUCCCAGCCAACUGCAGACAGUUAGAGAGCAGAUGGCUACAGCCUUGAAACAACUGAAGGAGAUGGAGGAACGAGUAAAAGGUGUUCCGGCUCUCGAAAAAGAGGUAGCUGAGCUUCGUGCUGAAAAAGACAUGCUGCUGUUAGCACUUCAGGAGAAGAAAGCAGCCAUGGAUGUGAUCCCUAUGCCACAGAAACAAUCGGUAGAGUCCUCUACCCAGACCACAGAGACCUCCCAAUCCAGCCCGAGCAUCCAAAGUCGAUUAAGUUCCCCUGCCUCACCAGGUUACAAAGGCCAUGGAAAAUCUGGAGAACUGAAAAAGCUUGCUGAGAAAUUUGAGGGGAAGGAAGAACGUGGUGCUGAAUUUGCAUCGAAAGUUGUAAUGAAGGUUCCGGGAAAGCCGUCUGUUGACAAGAAAUCAGUGGCUGUGGGAGAUGAUCAGCCCGUGGACUCAAUUGUUAUCUAUUACAACCACAGUGUGAAAGAUGUUGGUGAGGGUACCGAGCUCCAUGUUUGUGAGCAGGGUACAGGGACUGAAAAGCCUGUGCUCCACGAGGAAGGAACACAGGUUAAAGCAGAGACAGAGGAGGCUGGAGUUUGGGUAAUGGAGUCACUGCUUGGGCUCACGUCUGAGGCACAGCGUGAAAUGGACACCUUACAGGACACCGUUAAAUUCCAGCAGGACUCCAUUACAAGUCUAAAGAGUCAGUUGAGCGUGGCAGACAAAGAUCUUGGAACUCUUCGAGCACAGAUUGAGGAGAUAGCUUUUAAAGUCACGUUUGAGAAGGGAAUUCUUGCCAAACCAGAUGCUAAGGAUGCCCAGAUCGAGACUACAUCCUCUUUACUAAAGGAUGCUGCUGUUUUGUGCUGUUCAGCUGUGAUGGAUGUAUGUGUCGGCAACAGUUUUUCCACAGACCUGAUCGAGGAAAGUACCCAAACUGAUACUAUUGCAACACAAAAAGAACCAGCAUCUGUUGUAAUGGCCACCAUUGGUUGCCAGUACGAUAAUAUGAUUGAAAAUAAACCUGAAGAGCAGAAAGUUACCGUGUUAAAGAAGAGACAGUUGACAAUAAAUGAUUAUAAGAUCUUUCCAGAGGAGGCAGUCAGUAUGUCAGAGGAGAAAGCUGAAGACCAAGAAGACAUAACGACACCCAACGUUGUCAAGACAGGUAUGCUGAAAUCCAUUAUGAAGAGGAAAGAUGGCAACGGUGCAGGUGAAAAUCGCACCACAGGCAAGAAGAGCCUGCAGUUUGUUGGCAUUUUAAAUGGAGGGUAUGAAUCGACAUCCAGUGAUGAAGAAGAAGAAGAUGAGGAGGAGGAGGAAGAGGGAAGCUCAUCUGAAGAAAGUGCCGAGGGCGACUGCUUGGACAGCACAGAAGAGGAUGAAGUGGAUCUGGGGGAAGAGACGUCAGAGGAGGAGAGAAACGUCAACCUGGAUGAAAGUGACACUGAUGAGGAAAUUUUGAGAGCAUCAAAUGGGUCAUCUGAUGGCAUCAAAGAGAAGUUUGAACUGAGCUCCAAAAUGCGCGAAGCUUGCCUAAUUCUCAAGACUCACCUCAAUGAUGACAUCCAAACACUGAAGAGUAAGGAUGUGCUUGCCAGCACUCACAUGGUCCAGCUCGAGUGGUUCCGUGUUUCCAGCGCCAAAACGGCUCAUCCUCCGCGGGUGUCCGACUAUUUGAUGGCGUUCUCUGAGGUGUCUGCGUUGCUGCUGAAGCACAUAGUCAACAUGACCGACGGCAACGGCAACACCGCUCUUCACUACAGUGUCUCACACUCCAACUUUGGAGUCGUGGAUCUGCUGUUGGACACGGACAUGUGCUGUGUGGACCAACAGAACAAGGCGGGUUACACGGCCAUCAUGUUGGCUGCUCUGUCCACUUUGAAGGAAGACGACGACAUGUCCGUAGUCAAGAAGCUCUUCAGCAAGGGCAAUGUCAAUGCCAAGGCCAGCCAGGCAGGUCAGACGGCACUGAUGUUAGCGGUGAGUCACGGCCGUCAGGAGAUGGUGGAGGCGCUUCUGGAGUGUGGCGGUGAUGUCAACGUGCAGGAUGAUGAAGGCUCCACAGCUCUGAUGUGCGCUAGCGAACACGGCCGAGCCGAGAUUGUCAAACUCCUCCUUGAACAGCCUGGUUGCGACAUUUCCAUCGUUGAUAAUGAUGGCAGCAAUGCGCUCUCCAUCGCGUUGGAGGCAUCUCACAAUGACACUGCUGUGCUGCUCUACGCUCAUAUGAACUAUGCAAAAACUCAGAGCGCUGUGGGAAGUCCAAAGUCUCCGAGGAGCCCGACCAGUAGCCACAAGUCAUGGCCGCCAGAGUGA